AUGAAAAUAAAACUCAAAAGACGCCCUCAUACAAAUAUGGAACAACUUACCAGAUAUGAUGUAACAAAACUGGAUGACAUAAAAUGUGUAAAUACCUUCAGACAUAAAAUACGUCAUGAUUUUAAUAACUGCGACUUUAACAGCAUGGUAUCGGUAGAUGAAAGGUGGAAUAAAGCUAAGGAUAUAAUAAACAAAACAUCCGAUGCUGUAAUAGGAAAACAAAAGAAAUCGAAGAAACCAUGGUUUAACGAUACAUGUAGGAGAGCCCUAAAACGGAAAAAAGAAAGUAGAAUACAGUGGCUUAGCGACACAGACAACGUAGAAAAGAAAAUAACUACAUAA